CAGCUCUCAGAGGGAAAAAAAACAUUGGAUUUUCCCGCCAUUUUGUGACUAGGGCUUCGAAGUUCGAAGUCUCCAGUUGAUCUCCAGUCCUUCAUCCUCAAUCAAUUCUAUAAUCAAUCCAAACGGAUAAUUAGGGUUUUAUUUCCUCAGGCAUCAAAGUUCGGGAGAGACGCACUCUGUAGCCAGCCCGUGCUGCCAACUGCGUCGACUGUUGCUGACGCCUACGUUUAUCCACGACCAGGAUGGCGAGUGCUACAGAAGAUCUUUCUCAGUUUGAUCUUUCAAAAGAGGAAAAAGACAAGCUUGUUGCAGAAGUAAUCCGUUAUGUCCUUUUCAAAACCCACCAAAAUUCAGGGUGCCCAAUUAAGAGGGAUGAGCUUACUCAACUGGUUACUAAAAACUAUCGUCAGCGUGCUCUUCCAUCUCUGGUGAUUAAUGAGGCUAAAGAAAAGAUUUCAAGCAUUUUUGGAUAUGAGAUGAGGGAAUUACAAAGAUCCCGUCCUUCAUCAACAAAUCAAGGGCGUGCUUCCCAGCCAAGUGUUGCAGACUCAAAAUCCUAUGUCCUCAUAAGUCAGCUACCUGCCGAUGUUUAUAGAAAAUACGUUGAGGAUGUAAAUAUGACACAUCUGACUGGUUUCAAUUUCGUCAUACUUAGUAUUGUACAUCUAGCUGGUGGCAAAAUCCCGGAAGAUAGUCUUUGGCAUCAUUUAAAGCGGAUGGGAUUGUCUGAUAGUGAUGAAAUGCAUCCCGUUCUUGGAAACGUUAAGCAGGCAUUGGAGGCACUUGUCCAGCAAAGAUAUUUGCAGAAGGAAAAAGUUAGUGGUCCUGAAGCUAAUACUUUUUAUGAGCUCGCUGAGAGAGCUUUAGAUGAACCGGUUAAUGAGAGGCUUAAAGAAUACAUAUCACAGAUUGUGAAGAAAGAUGUUGCCUCUGUGGAUGUUGACUAGUGUUCUACAAUUCUCUCUCAGCCUACAGAGUUGAGACCGCAGGAUUUUGGGGAUUUAGGAUUUUGUGAAUGAAUUGAUUGAUGAAUGGUGAUAUGAUGGAGAACCUGCUUAUUAGCAUACUACCGAGGGAGGUUAACUAACAGUUGGAAGGAUCUAUCCGGCGUGGCCAAUUCUCAGCCGACCAGGAUCUAUUUUUCUGUUUUAAGAUGCCAUCUAUCUAAUUUAAGGGGUCUAUGUUUAUUAUAUGCAAAUCUAGGCUUUAAAUGGAAUCUUCUCCAUUUCAACUUUAAAUGGAUAGUAUACAUGUAGACGUAUUAGUUGACAACUAAAAUUAUCAACAUAUUCCUGUAAAUGCACAUAAAACAUUACUAUCA